CUUGUCUGUCAGAAGCCGUGCAAGGAAGAGUUGUGUGUAUCUGUGCAAUCCCGUUACCCGAGCGAGCGCAGCCCCGGAGCAGAUGGACGCAGUGCCGACGGCGUGGGUGGGAAGGGGCCCUUCUCCCAGGGGAGCGUGUGCCGGCGCUCCCGCCUGUCGGGUACAUUGGCCAAGGCCAGGGGUGAUGGGCUGCGCGCUAAAACGCCGUCUGUGCUGUGCUUGCAGGUGGUUCUCCUGGGGAUUGACAUCCUUUCCGCACUAGUGUCCCGCUUGCAAGAUCGCUUCAAGGCCCAGAUUGGCACAGUGCUGCCAAGUUUACUUGAUAGACUGGGAGACUCUAAGGACUCAGUGAGGGAGCAGGAUCAGACCUUGCUGCUAAAAAUCAUGGAACAAGCUGCUAACCCUCAGUAUGUGUGGGACAGGAUGCUAGGAGGAUUCAAACACAAGAAUUUCCGGACAAGAGAAGGGAUUUGCCUCUGCCUUAUUGCAACACUCAAUGCAUCUGGAGCUCAGAGUUUAACACUGAGUAAGAUAGUGCCACAUAUAUGUAACUUACUUGGAGAUCCAAACAGCCAGGUUCGUGAUGCAGCAAUAAACAGCCUUGUGGAAAUUUACAGACAUGUUGGUGAACGUGUAAGAGCUGAUCUUAGUAAAAAAGGAUUACCCCAAUCUCGGUUGAAUGUAAUUUUUACAAAAUUUGAUGAGGUCCAAAAAUCUGGAAACAUGAUCCAGACUUCAGGUGAUAAAAUUUUUGAUGAUGAAGACUCCGUGGAUGGGAACAGGCCUUCCUCAGCUAGCUCCUCUACAUCUUCAAAGGCCCCUGCAAACUCACGCAGAGUUGGGAUGGGGACUACCCGCAGACUUGGGUCUGCAGCUCUGGGCUCCAAGUCUUCAACAGCCAAAGAGGGAGCAGGUGCUGUGGAUGAAGAAGACUUCAUUAAGGCAUUUGAAGAUGUCCCAACGGUUCAGAUUUAUUCUAGCCGGGAUCUUGAGGAAUCCAUAAACAAAAUAAGAGAGAUACUAUCAGAUGAUAAGCACGACUGGGAACAGAGAGUUUCCGCGUUGAAAAAGAUACGUUCCUUACUUUUGGCUGGAGCUGCCGAAUAUGAUAACUUCUUCCAACACUUAAGACUUUUGGAUGGAGCGUUUAAAUUAUCCGCUAAAGACCUGCGGUCUCAAGUAGUGCGAGAGGCUUGUAUCACGUUGGGACAUUUGUCAUCAGUUCUGGGAAACAAGUUUGACCAUGGGGCAGAAGCCAUCAUGCCAACAAUUUUUAAUCUAAUUCCGAAUAGUGCCAAAGUCAUGGCCACUUCUGGUGUCGUAGCAGUUAGAUUAAUCAUUCGACAUACGCACAUCCCUCGAUUAAUACCCAUCAUAACCAGUAAUUGUACCUCCAAGUCUGUUGCAGUUAGAAGGCGCUGUUUUGAAUUUUUAGACUUGCUGUUGCAGGAGUGGCAAACACACUCCCUAGAAAGACACAUAUCAGUGUUAGCUGAAACGAUAAAGAAGGGAAUUCAUGAUGCAGACUCUGAAGCCAGGAUAGAGGCAAGAAAGUGUUACUGGGGUUUCCACAGUCACUUCAGCCGAGAGGCAGAGCAUUUGUACCACACCUUGGAGUCUUCCUACCAGAAGGCCCUGCAGUCGCAUUUGAAGAACUCUGACAGCAUCGUGUCCUUGCCCCAGUCGGAUCGCUCCUCCUCCAGCUCCCAGGAGAGUCUCAACCGUCCAUUGUCUGCCAAAAGAAGUCCUACUGGAAGUACUACAUCUAGAGCAUCUACAGUAAGUACAAAAUCUGUGUCAACACCAGGAUCUCUGCAGCGAUCCCGCAGUGACGUCGAUGUGAAUGCAGCAGCUAGUGCCAAGUCAAAAGUGACGUCUUCUGGAGCAUCCACCCCCUUCAGUUCUGCUGCAGCCUUACCCCCAGGCUCAUACGCAUCACUAGAUGGUACUACCACUAAAACCGAGG